AUGGCGGUCAUCGACACCUUGCCUGCCGUUAAGGUAUCUGUUCGUCUCAGAACAUCCUUCAGAGACGCAGAUGAAUACCCCGACCCUUACGGGUACCAGUUGCGCGACCGAUACUUCGAGGACUUUGAAAGAUGCUCCCGCAACUACAUCGAGAGCCAGAAUGGAGUUGAGUUUUCCGUCCACAUCAAUAUCAUGGACGAUAUGUCACUGGAUCCUUGGAUCUAUGGAGAUUGUGGACUCAUGUUCUUCCUCUUCAUUGACGGUCAAUUCAUGGGCAAACGUUUCUGCCACAGCGACGACUUCUUUCACCGUCGAUGGCACUUCGCCUUUAAGGGAAAGAGACACCCUAACGAAACUCGCUCUGCCUUGGUUCAGAGAGAUUUCCAGUUCGAAUCCAUCACCACGAACGAUGCGGAUGCCUCGACUCAGGAGUUCCGUCGCGCUUGUGAUCUCGGAACGAUCGAAGUGAAGGAGCCGCGGUAUGAUACGUUUGAUAUUCCCGAAGAGGCGUUGAAGGGCCGUCCCAUCUCACACGGCACCUCCUUUGCUCCACCCUACGAGGCGCCUUUGCGGCCGCCACGCCGAGAACAGAGAGCAGCAUUCGAGCGGAUCCGCAGCGGCCCGUUGUUGGCUACGUACACAUUCAAAUACCGGGAUCUGAACGCUCUCAGGAUUGAAGAAAUCGUUCCAAGAACACCUAGCCCGGAGUCAACGUCUCCUCAGAAGUCGGUUCGGUUCGAAGAGCCCGGCUUGCCAAGAUUCGAGGAGCUACAUCAAGACGAAAUCGAGAGACUCGCGCGUGAUCGGUUGAGGCAGCUCAGGGAUCAGAAAUUGUGUGGAUCCUCCAAGAAGCGCAGCUACGAUGACUAUUGCGACCUUACCCAGGAUUACAGCCCGCCUGCUCGUCCCUACAAGAUCAUCAAGAUGGGAACAGGCCAAGAGGCUAUAGAUCUCACUGAUGAUUUCUGA